AUGACUUCCUCUUUCUCGGACUGGUUCUGGAACGAGAGAUUCUGGCUUCCCGAGAACGCAACAUGGGCGGAACUGGAGCAUCCACCACCUGGCGCUGAGUAUCCACGAGUGCGACACGUACUUUACGCCCUGCCGCUGUCCGUCGGGGUUUUCCUCCUGAGGCUGCUGUUCGAACGGCUGGUGGCCAAGCCCUGUGCCCACAUACUUCAGAUUCAGGCGGGAGUGCCUCGGCGAGCUCAGCCCAAUGCUGUCCUGGAGAGGCUGUAUCGGUCCAAAACGAGUCCAGACACAAGGCAGCUGGAGGGUCUGUCCAAGCAGCUCGACUGGGAUGUACGGAAAAUACAGAGAUGGUUUCGCAUUCGCCGGGACCAAGACAGGCCCAGCACCCAGACAAAGUUCUGUGAGAGCAUGUGGCGCUUUACAUUUUACCUGGGGAUUUUUAUCUAUGCAAUCUGCCAUUUGUGGGUGUCGCCUUGGAUGUGGGAUACCAGACACUGUUGGUACAACUAUCCUUUUCAGCCUCUGAGUCCUGGACAGUACAACCACUAUGUAGCCGAGCUGGCUUUCUAUUGGUCCCUGAUGUUUUCCCAGUUCACAGACAUUAAACGUAAGGAUUUCAUGAUCAUGCUUGUGCACCACCUGGCCACAAUAAUCCUCAUCACAUUCUCCUACGCCAACAACAUGCUGAGAGCUGGUACUUUGGUCAUGUGUGUGCACGAUGCAUCCGACAUCUUUCUUGAGGCAGCCAAGCUGGCCAACUAUGCCAAGUACCAGAGGCUGUGUGAUGGCCUGUUUGUGUUGUUCAGCAUGAGCUUUUUCGUCACUCGACUCGUCAUCUAUCCUUUCUGGAUUGUUCGGAGCGUUCUGAUUGAGAGCUGGGAAAUUGCGGGUCCAUACCAGUGCUGGUGGCUGUUCAACGGGUUACUGCUGGUCCUGCAGACGCUUCACAUCAUCUGGUUCUACCUCAUUGCUCGUAUUGCUAUCAAAGCCAUAUUCAAGGGGAAGGUGGCAAAAGAUGACCGAAGUGAUAUCGACAGCAGCUCGGACGAAGAGAUUAAUUCCAGUUGCGGUAAAACUCCCAGUCAGACCCUAAACACAAAGGGCAGCAGUCACACUGGGAACCUUAAUGGAGAAACUCAUGACCACUGAGUACCAUCUACUUCCAAUGUGGCUUCCACUCACGCUCUGUGUGCCUGCGAGAUCCACUGCGUCACUUGACCACCUGAAAGGAAUAUAUAUUUUUUUCUCUUCUUUUUUGGGCCACAGUUUUCAAAUGGAGAGCGGACUGGGUACAGGGCGUGGGAUACAGACUUAGCACUGUGUUACUGUGUCAGGUUUACACUGUGUGAGGUUUACUCCUGCUUUGUGCUUACAGAAGUAGACAAAGAAAUAUGUGUGGUCUGCACCUCAGGGGGUGUGUGUGUGUGUGUGUGUGUGUGUGUGUGUGUGUGUGUGUGUGUGUGUGUGUGUGUGUGUGUGUGUGUGUGUGUGUGUGUGUGUGUGUGUGUGUGUGUGUGUGUGUGUGUGUGUGUGUGUGUGUGUGUGUGUGUGUGUGUGUGUGUGUGUGUGUGUGUGUGUGUGUGUGUGUGGGUGUGUGUGGGUGUGUGUGGGUGUGGGGGGGGGCUUGUGUGUGUGUGUGUGUGUGUUCGCCGAGUUAGAAGCUGCAGCAAGCACACAACUGUGCAUAUAUGCACCACUACAGUCAAAACUCCUUUUUAAACAAGGACAGAAAUUUUAUCAGUGAAUUUGGUUAUAUAUUGUACAACUGUAAAACAAAUCAUGCAAUCAUUUAUCUGCCUUACUGAAGCCACGGAAUUCCAAAUGCCCAAUAUCCCUUUAGAAUACCAAAGAUUUCUUAAUAAAAUAUUACUGCAAUCUAA